CAUUAAGCAGUGAUUGGGCGCAGGCUGCAAUAAAUGCAGCCUCUCUGCUUCACACACACAUGCAGAGCAAAGUAGCUUCAGGGCAGUUGGGCUACUGUUGCUUUGACCUGGCUGUAAACUUUGCCACACAGAAAUGGCUUGUGGUGUUUAUUUGGGGAUCUUCCUGAUUUUUGUAGUUCAAGCAGAGCAUGUAUGCUGUUUGUUGGCUUCACAAGCUCAGAGCUCCCAGAGACAAAAUGGCAACGCAUAUGUUGGCUUCUCGCAAUGGAACAGUGGACUUGGUGGCAGCUAUCCCCAGAAUCAACUCAGACAGGCCUCAGUUUCUCCAGGCUCAGCCCAGAGUGGUAGCCUCAACACCAGGACUGCAGUUAUCAGUGGUUAUGGCCAGGGAAUCUCCAGUAGUGGCCACACACAAACUGUUUCACAGCCAGCCAAAAAUGGCUAUGCUUCAGUCAGGUUAGUGCAGAGCAGCUCGGUGUCAAAACCUAACUGGCAAACGUUUAAGUUACAUCGGGUGAAUGAACAAAAGUCACCAAAACAGUUUUUUGGCCUUUCUACUGCUAUUGCAAGUGGAAGUUCUGUGAGUAAGUAUGAUCAGAAGAGAACCAAGCCAGCUCAGCAGGAUAACUCACGUACUAGCAAGUAUCAGUCCAGCAGUUAUGCAUCUGCUCAGAGUCCUCCUAGGGCAAGCUACUCCUACAAGUCAACGGCACAGAAAGCUCCAGCUGCUGCAAAAACGGCAACCUACCAGUCUUCCAGCCUGUUCAGCAGCGGUGCUCCUGCACCAAACAGAAGCCCCGUAAGGACGAAAACAUCAGCCAGUGCCCCUGCUAGAAGAGUGACUCCACGUCGUGGGUCUGACGCAUCGAAACCCUCCAGUUUCUCAUCGCUUCAAAACCAGGGAACUAGAAACAACCCCAGCCAGACCGGGGCUGGGAAACCAUACAGAAGCAAACUGUUUUCUGUGAAUGCAGGAAACGCCAAAGAGACCUACAAGCCUACUUCUACGUCCAACAUGGCCUCAAGCUAUGGAAGUUAUGGCCGAUCUCCUUCAGUGUCUGAUAAACAAAGUGUUUCCACCAGCUUCCAGCCACGUGGUGUGGUGCCCUCAAGUCAGAGGUUGAGCUACAGCAGAAACCCGGUGCAGGGAGCUCAUAACCCUCCUGCCUCCGGGAGUCAGCGCUUUGCCCCAUCCAAAGUCCACAACAUCCCAGAACGCUACGGUGGCUCUCCCAUCAGACGGCUGAGGGAUCCUGAUAACCAGAGGGAAGUGAGUGUGAGGAAGCCACAGCAGACUUACGUGUCUUCCCUGCGGCAGGUGGCUCGGCAGUCCUAUGUGGCUCCUCAACAGCAGGCUGCACCUGAAAAACCACGGGAAAACAAAUGGCAGAGGAUCAGGAUGAGGCCACAGCUUGGACAGUAGCAGGUGCAGCAGGUGUCCUGUGAGUUUUUUGAAAUAAAUUAUUUUAAAUUUCUUGCA